AAUGCAUCAUAUACCUACGUAGUUAUCUCUCCAUGUGUAUGUUAGGCUAUUAGCUAAGUUCAUUUUUGUGAUAUUAAAAAAAUAAUUGAUCUCUUAUAUUUCUGUUUUCCCACUCUCAUUAACCCACCCAACCAACUUCUUCACAAGCUGUCUCUAUAAAACCCAACCCCUCCUCCUCGGAAUCCCCGAACAAACCACCGCCGCCGCCGCAAUGAACUCCACCUCGCACGUGCCGGCGACCGAAACGCCGUCGUUCUGGACAGAGGAGAAGCACGUGCACUUCCUCAACACCAUGGAAGCCGCCUUCGUGCGUGCAAUGCAUGAAAACCACGGCGCCGCAACUCUCACGCGCCACUGCCUGCGCCUCGAUCGCGACCUCCCUGACACCUCCGAUUCCACUUUGGAUUUGAAACCGCAUCCCCGCCGCCGCACCAGAAAACUCCAUGCACCCACAGUAGAUUCAAUGGGUCCAACAAUGAGAAGACCGAGGAGAAGAUCAUCUCAGCCCUACAACUCAUCACAGGAUCAGGUGUAAUAAAUUUGCCACUGUUUAGGUGGUCCCACAUGCAGAAAACCAAACAGAAGGUGCAGCAGCAUGUAACGGCGAGGAGGAUGAUAAAAGAGCACAAAAUUAAGAAAACUCAUGUUUAGUGUACCUUUUCCACCAACUCCAUUUUUAUUUACAAUUUAUUUGUCCUUUUGAUUU